AUUCCACUGAGUUCUUUUUAUUGUUAAAUAUUCUACGACUGAAAAUUAUUCAGUCAAUAUGUCAUCUGGAAGAGUUCCCAAUGGAGAUUUCUAUAAAGAUCUUGUUGAUUUGACUUUGAAGUCAGAUGAGCUGGACCCAGAAAAACAGCAGGAAGACCAAAGACAACAACCAAAGGUUGAGGACAAAACCAACCAGUCUCCGGGCCGCCUGCUGCUCGAGUCCUACCUCAACAAGACGAUGCGGGUCGUAAUGACGGACGGACGGUCGCUGAUGGGAGUCUUCUGGUGCACGGAUCGCGACGCCAACGUCAUCCUCGGCAACUGCAUGGAGCACAUGCCGCCCCGAGAGGACGGAUCGCGUGAUGAGCCGCGCCCGCUCGGUCUGGCCAUGAUUCCCGGCCGGCACAUCGUCACCAUGCACCUGGACCAGCUGCAGCACGUGCGACCCGAUCAGGUCACGUGACGACAGCGGCAGCUGGUGUGAGCCAUCACCCACCGCUGCCGUUAGCCCAGGUGGCCCCGCCACAGGCACGGGACUGGCCGUCAGUGUGCAAUGUCGACGAUAUUUGGCCGAGAAAGCGGUGACGGACGUGGCUGACUGGAGUCUCGUGCGGAGACGCUGAGAACGCCUUCCUGCCGGGGAACGGUGACAAUACCGUGCCUAGUCCUCUAGUCAUGUGAAUAUGACUUGUGUACAUAUCUAGCCGUUAUUGGAAAAAGGCUGGUUCAUUAGGGAGGGUUGAUGCUGCUUAUUUAAUGAACUAGCCUCGUCCACGGGAUGGUACUGUAUGACAUCAUUUAAGAUCGCCAUGCGACUCUCGAAUGAUAUUGAGCUGAUAUGUUCCUUUAUACAUUUCUAGCUGCUAUACGGCAGGGCGAGGAUGAAAAGGUUUCCAGUUCCAUCUGUCUCGUCUCGCUUGUCACGAGUCUUCAUUGGUUGAAUGAAGUGACUGUUUACAUUAUCGAGUGCAUGGCGUUCUUACAUUGCGUCGGGAUAUCGUGCUCGCGUUGUUUCUGGUUGCGUGAGGUAUACUUAUUGUUUAGUGAGCAUGUUCCUUGUGAAACCAUGGCGCCAAUGAAUAAAUUUGGUCUUUGGAUGAACGAA